AUGGCUUCUCAAAGUACUGCAAUUUGUUCGCUUCUGUUACUAGCCUUCGCAUGCAUUGUAUUCGGACAAGAUUUGGCUGAUCCCGAUCUGCAGAACAUGCUGAUAGAUUACGACGUUGAGAGCAUGGUGGAGAGCUAUCGAUUCAAAUUUUCAACCGUCGAUGGACAAUUCAGGGAGGAAAUGGGAAUGCUGACAAAUCCUGGAACCCCGGAGGAGGAAUUGGUUGUUGUCGGAAUGUAUGGCUACGAGACUGACGAUGGAGUUGAGGUUAUGGUGAUGUAUGUCAGUGGCAAGAAUGGAUAUCGGACCAAAACGAAAACGAAAAAGCUAGCCGAGGCAGAGCGAAAGCGGAAAUUAUUGACUUCGUUGGUGGGAUGA